AUGGCCCUAAGUGCCUUUUCUGUGCUGGCUAAAAAAACAACAUCAUAUUUCCACCACACAGACACUCUGGUGCAGCAUCUUUCCACUAAUUCUGCAGAUGCCUGCAUACUAUUCUAUGAGGGGAAAAAAACUGCUGCUUCUAACAACAAUGAGUGUCCUUCUGGAAAGGACAAAGGAGAAAUCCAUCGGUUCUUGGCAAAACUGAUCUUCAAGGACUCAGAUUAUUUGGCAGCAUAUGCUGAGGACCCAAAGAAAUUUGAUGUCACGGUGGGCAACCAUAUCAUAUCUCUUGAGAAGUCAUUCAAGGAGCAACUCAACAAAUUCAACAAGACUGGUGCUGGUGUCACCCCCCUUGAUGAAAACGCGGCAGCUAAUCUACACAAACAAGUACUGCUCAAGUUUCCAUGCUGGGAGUCAACCAUGCCAGGGACUUCUAUACACUUAUUCAUCCAUCUUCCUCCCCCAAACCCUCAGCUCCCUCCCUCAAACCCUCAGCUCCCUCUCCAAGACUCUUGGCUCCCUCUGCCGAACCAACUUGACACUGGUGCUCAGCACAGUCCCCCAGCUUACCUUCCCCCUUCACAUCACCCCCCUUCUCAUUUCACCAGCGCCAGGGGCAGUCCAGUUGAAGACUCUUAUGCUGAUGACAACAGUCCUCUCUCUGCUCUCCUUGGAAACACGCUGGAUGUGUUAGAUGGAGAUAUCAACAUGUAUGAUGAUGAUAAUGAUGACGAUGGGGUGGAGUAUAACUCCUCCCAGCAUCAUGUCAUCAGCAGUCCCCCCAAAGUGGUGGAACACAAACAGCAAUACACAGCCUCUCCUUCUCCCCCUCCUGUCAAAACUAAUGCCUUCAUUCUACCAUGGAAGCCCCAGACACUGGCAUACCAUAGUUAUGUGGCAUUUGGCUCUGCCUCACCUGGUAGCCAAGCACCAUGUAGACCUCCAUCGUUCACUUCAUCAUUGGGGAUAUCCCACAGCCGCUCCACCCCCUCAUCCACAGCAUCCUCAUCCUAUCUAUUGACUGACUAUCGCAUUUUGCCAAUGGCAUCCCAGACAUUGCUGUCUGCAAAGCCACAGAACUUGGCCAGCUCAAAAAAGAAGAGGACUUGGGCAACAGAUGUCAAGGGCCACCUCAGCAUGCUCAACAACAAAAUUCAGAGCAUGCAGAGUGACAUGUCUGAGCACCAGGGAUCAAGGAAUGAGUGUUAUGCCAUCAAGAUGAAUUAUUAA